GAGGUUUAGCAGCGCGUUAGGUUCCAGCCAAUGGUAGCGAGAUUUAGAGAUGGCGCGUGGCAGCGGGACCACUCCCCCUCAGCUGCGGAGAGCCCUGUCUGAUUGCGAGACGGACCGGACGGGCUCACUGACUGGCCGCACAGGAGGAGAUGGCGCCCGGAGACCUGAUGGGGCGGGCGGAGGAGCUGGCUGAGCAGUGGGCUGUGUUCUGGUCCUGACGCGGAAGUUUGUACCAUACGCUUGCCUGGGACUCUUCAUAAUCAUCUUCCUGCAGACCAUCGUAUACAACAUCCUGUGGGAUGUUAAGUUUCUCAUGAGGAACAUGGCUCUGGGUGGGGGCCUCCUGCUGCUGCUGGCUGAGUCCCGCUCUGAAGGGAAGUCCAUGUUUGCUGGAGUGCCCACUGUCGGGGUUACGUCGCCGCGUCAGUACAUGCAGCUGGGAGGCCGCGUGCUGCUCAUCCUUAUGUUCAUGACCCUGCUCCACUUCAAUGCCAGCGCUUUCACUAUUUUCCAAGACAUCUUUGGGCUGACCCUUAUCAUCCUGGUAACAAUUGGCUUUAAGACGAAGCUAGCAGCCCUAACCCUGGUUCUGUGGUUAAUGGUAAUCAACGUGGUCCAGAAUGCUUUCUGGACUGUGCCAUCGUACCGCCCCCUCCACGACUUCCUGAAGUACGACUUCUUCCAGACCCUGUCCGUCAUGGGAGGACUUCUGCUAGUCGUUGCGCUGGGACCCGGUGGGGUCUCUAUGGAUGAACAUAAGAAGAAGUGGUGACCUGCCCUCACAAACACACGGACACAUCUUAUAUAAUUCCCCUCACAUCUAUAGCUUUACUCCAGUCUACGCACGGUUCAUGCAAUUUGUCUGAGCAUAUCUGACUGGAAUAUUCCAUUCGUUGGGGGGGUGGGGGGAGCUUCGCCUGGGAUAGCCCUGAACAUGGAAUGUUCCAUUCAGUGCGGGAACUUUGCAGGUAUUACAAUACUAUUUAUCGCCGUUACUGGAAGGGACAUUAUUACCAUAUUUCCUUGAAAUGAAGUGGUGCCUCUGAUGUGCGCUGAAUUCCCAUAUAACCGGGCUUUGCCCAUAUUGGACCAUAAGACCAUACCUCCCCCUCACAAUUCCCUGGCUGCUGACCUUGUAUCUUUGUCACAGUACUCCCCAUACGUCCGCCAGUAACACUACCUACCUGCAUGAAUAGGUUUUGUAGUUGGGCCCAUCUCUGUGGGAGGAACAGCAUCACUGGAAAAUGUCCUCCAAGUGCCACCAACCCCUGACUCUGACGUGUGAGUUGGGAGCACAGCGAGAAGUGUUGGAAUCAGCAAAAGAGAGAAACAUUUUAUUGUAUCAUGAAUAUUUGUAUAAACUUUUUUUUUUUUUUUUUUU